CGGGGCGGAGCGGUCGGCGGCGGCAUGGCGGGACCUGGACGGCGGGCCGGGCGCGGGGCGCUGCUGGCGCUGCUGCUGGCGCUGCGGGCGCUCGGGGCGGCGGGGCACCCGCAGUGCCUGGACUUCAGGCCGCCCUUCCGGCCGCCGCGGCCGCUGGCCUUCUGCACCCAGUACUCCGCCUUCGGCUGCUGCGCGCCCGGCCGGGACGCCGCGCUGGCCCGCCGCUUCCGGGCGCUGGCGGCGCGCGUGGCCCCGGGCGUUUGGGCCAAGUGCGCGGGCUCCGCGCUCGACCUGCUGUGCCAGGAGUGCUCGCCCUACGCGGCCCACCUCUACGACGCCGAGGACCCGUCCACGCCGCUGCGGACCCUGCCCGGGCUGUGCGAGGACCACUGCCGGGGCCUGUGGCAGACCUGCCGCGGCCUCUUCCGCCACCUGUCGCCCGACCCCCGGCUCCGGGCCCUGGAGGGCGACCGCGCCGCGUUCUGCCGCUACCUGGCCCUGGACGACGCCGACUACUGCUUCCCCCGCCUGCUGGCCAGCCCGCGCCUCAACGCCAACCUGGGCCGCGCGGUGGCCGACGCCCGGGGCUGCCUGCAGCUGUGCCUGGAGGAGGCGGCCCGCGGGCUGCGCAACCCCGUGGCCCUGGUCCACGCCGGGGACGGCACCCACCGCUUCUUCGUGGCCGAGCAGGUGGGGCUGGUGUGGGCCUACCUGCCCGACCGCGCGCGGCUGCAGCGGCCCUUCCUCAACGUCAGCCGGGCCGUGCUCACCUCGCCCUGGCAGGGCGACGAGAGGGGCUUCCUGGGCCUGGCCUUCCACCCCCGCUUCCGCCUCAACGGCCGGCUCUACGUCUACUACUCCGUGGGGCUCGGCGCCCGCGAGUGGGUCCGCGUCAGCGAGUUCAGGGUCUCGGAGGACGACGUGAACGCCGUGGACCACGGCUCUGAGAGGAUAAUCCUGGAGAUCGAGGAGCCCGCGGCGAACCACAACGGGGGCCAGCUGCUCUUUGGGGACGACGGGUACCUCUACAUCUUCACCGGAGACGGCGGGAUGGCCGGAGACCCCUUUGGCGAGUUUGGAAACGCCCAAAACAAGUCCUCGCUGCUGGGCAAGGUGCUGCGCAUCGACGUGGACGCGGAGCCCUCGGAGCCCCCGGGGCGCGGCGCCCCCUACCGCGUGCCGCCCGACAACCCGUUCGUGGGCGACGCGGCCGCGCGGCCCGAGGUGUUCGCGCUGGGCGUGCGCAACCCGUGGCGCUGCUCCUUCGACCGCGGGGAGCGCGCGUCGGGCGCGGGCCGCGGGCGCCUGCUCUGCGGGGACGUGGGCCAGGGCCGCUUCGAGGAGGUGGACCUGGUGCGGCGCGGCCGCAACUACGGCUGGCGCGCGCGGGAGGGCUUCGAGUGCUACGACCGCCAGCUGUGCGCCAACGCCUCCCUGGAUGACGUGCUGCCCAUCUUCGCCUACCCACACAAGCUGGGCAAGUCCGUAACCGGGGGCUACGUGUACCGGGGCUGCGAGUACCCCAACCUGAACGGCCUCUACAUUUUCGGCGAUUUCAUGAGCGGGCGCCUGAUGUCCCUCCGAGAGAGCCCAGAGACAGGCCAGUGGCAGUACAGCGAGCUGUGCAUGGGCCGCGGCCAGACCUGCGCGUUCCCGGGGCUCAUCAACAAAUACCGCCCACACAUCAUCUCCUUCGGGGAGGACGAGGCCGGGGAGCUGUACUUCAUGUCUACGAGCGUGCCGAGCGCCACAGCAGCGCGUGGGGCCGUGUACAAGAUCAUCGACCCCUCCCGACGGGCGCCCCCUGGCACGUGCCAGAUCCAGCCGGUCCAGGUGACGGUGAGGAGCCGCCUCAUCCCAUUUGUGCCCAAAGAAAAGUUCAUCCGGACGGCCCAGAGCACCCCUCGGCCCACAGAGCGCGCGCCCACGGAGGUGCCCAGGCGCGGCCGCCCCACAGCCCCUCCGCCCGCGCCCACCCCGCGCCCUGCAAGGCCUACCCCGAGCCCGGCCACGCCCACGUCGAACCCGGCAAGGCCCACCCCGCGCCCAGCAAGGCCCACCCCGCGCCCUGCAAGGCCUACCCCGAGCUCGGCCACGCCCACGUCGAACCCGGCAAGGCCCACCCCACGCCCAGCAAGGCCCACCCGGCGGCCCGGUGGUCGGAGGGUGGGCGGCCGGCGGCGGGGCCGGCCUGGCGCUGAGCAUGCUGCGCCCUCAGACGGGGCGGUGCGCCUGGUGCGGCCCGCAGGCCUGAGCCCGGGCCGCGGGCGCGUGGAGGUGUUCGCGGGCGGGCGCUGGGGCACCGUGUGCGACGACGGCUGGGACGUCCGGGCGGCCGCCGUGGUGUGCCGCCAGCUGGGCUUCGCCCACGCCGCGCGGGCCGCCAAGGGCGCGGAGUUCGGGGAGGGCGGCGCGCUGCCCAUCCUGCUGGACAACGUGCGCUGCGCGGGCGGCGAGAGGACGCUGCUGCAGUGCGGGCACGCGGGCCUGGGCACGCACAACUGCAGCCACGAGGAGGACGCGGGCGUCGUGUGCAGCCAGGAGGACCCGGACCGCGGGCGAGGGUAGUGGGCCGGAGCCUGGCAGGCCCUCCGCCUGCGUGUGCCCAGUGGAGGGUGGAGGCGGCCAUGUAGAGGGUGGAGCAUCUGAACUGCAGCCCUCACUGAGCUGUCGGCCGUGCCCGUGUUCUCUGUGUGUCCCUGCUCCUGUGUCCCGUGUGUGCUGAAGCCCGGGGCCCUGUGUGUGUGUGUGUGUGUGUGUUGGGGGAAGUCCUAGCCUUUCUUACCUCUGAGCAGCAGCAUGAACCCCGUCUGGCCCUGGGACCCUGAGCACUGAGGGCACCACCCUUUAAGGGCAGACAUGGCCCCUGGCUGUGUCAACAGACUCACUGCUCCUCAAUAGCGCUAACCAGGGUGGACGGCCGACAUUGGUUGAGCACUUCCUACAUGUAAGGCACUGCUCCUAUUUUCACUCAUUUAAUCCUCUUUUUUUUUAUACAAAUUUUUAAAUUUUUGUUGUUGAAUUUAUUAGAU